GAAGUAUGCAGUGCCUUUGAAUUUCCUCACAAGAUUCAGGCAACAGCCCUCCAAUACUUCAAAAGGUUUUAUCUGCAAUGGUCUGUUAUGCAACAUCAUCCAAAAGAAAUAAUGUUAACCUGCGUGUAUGCAGCUUGUAAAAUAGAGGAGAACCAUGUAUCAGCUGAGGAAAUAGGGAAAGGGAUUAAACAAGAUCACCACGUAAUUCUCAAGUAUGAGAUGGCUGUUCUUCAGAGUCUGGAAUUUGAUCUGAUUGUUUAUGCACCGUAUCGUGCAAUCGAAGGCUUUAUUGGUAACAUGGAGGAGUUUCUUCAAGCUAGAGAUGAUGAAAUCCAGAAGCUGGAGCCCUUUGCAGAUUUUGCUCAAAGCGGCAACAGGAGAAGCCGAUAAAGUUAUGCUCACAGAUGCUCCACUCCUCUUUCCUCCUGGUCAGUUGGCGUUGGCUGCUCUGCGUAUUGCAAAUGGGGUUCUCGGAGUGGUUGACUUUGAUAGGUACCUAGAGAACAUUGUUUCUCAACCGAACUCUGAGCACACGACUUCAGAGCUCACUAGAUUACUUGAUGACAUCGAAUCUUUGGUAAAGAAGUACAAGUACCCAAGUGAAAAGGACAUGAAGCAUAUCAACCGGAAGCUUAAAUCUUGUUUAGGACAUAGUUCUUCACAUGACGAGAGCAAGAAACGGGAGAAGAGAUCGAAGCACAAGUCUCAUAGAAGCUCCAGUGAUAUACCAAAGGAGGCACCGAUAGGUUGAGUUUCUCGUUUUGCCACUAACUAUUCUUUUGUUGGCAUGUUAAUUUUAAUCGCAAAGAAUGUGAGAAAUCCCCUUGGCAGUUUGUUUCUCUGUUAUUGUUCUUACUAGUAAAUUUGAAUAUUUUUUAAAACUGGAAA